AUGGAUAGUUAUAAAAGCUCAAACGAUCUCAUCAGUUAUAACAAUAGUAUUGAUAACUCAAAUAUUUACAAUAGCUAUGGCAAUAAUGACAACCAUCUAAAUAACGCCAGUGUCACUAACAACAAUUCAUCAUCAAACAAUAAUAGUUUUUCCAAUAAUUUGAAUGGUAGUUAUUAUACAAAUGAUAGUAAUUCAUUUGGUCAAAGUACUUACUAUGUAAAUAAUAACAAUUAUAGUAUUUAUAUUAAACAAGAAAACGAAGCAAAUGGUAACAAUAAUAGUAAUAGUUGCAAUAGCAGUAGCAGUAGUAAAAGUAGUAGAAGCAGUAGGAGCAGUGCCAGUAGUGGAAGUACCAUUAGCAGUACUAGUAGUGGAGUUAAAAGUAAUAAUAGUAAUAGUGUAAAUAGUAAUAACAAUAAUAAUAUUAAUAAUAUUAAUAAUAUUAAUAAUAGUGGUUUGAAUAAUAAUAAUAUAAAUAACAAUAAUAUGAAUAUAAAUAGUAUGAAUAAUAUAAAUAAUAGUAAUAUGGAUAGUAUGAACAAUAACUGUAACACUUCAAUAAUUAAUAGUAAUAUUGGUUUUUCAUUAUUCCAAUCAUCACCACCACCCUGUGACUUAAACAGCUAUAAUGGCCUAGAAUUAGAUCCAAACAUGGUAUUCUCAAAAACUGGCAUGAAGGUUGGAGAAUUUAUAAAUCAAUAUCACAACUAUAUGGUUAGUCUUCAACAUAAUUUUCAAAAUAAUAAUAUAAACAGUAAUAAUAGUAUCAUAAAAAAAGAAAAUGUUAGUAUUAUGGUUGUAAAUACCUUUGAUACACCAUUUCCAACUUAUACAGUUAAAGGUCAUGUUUUAGUUCCCCCACCAGUUGUUGAAGUGGUCGGUUAUAAAGGAGAAGCAAGUGAUUUGAUUGUGGUGGCUAUUUCAGAACCUGAAUCAAUAAUUCUUUCACAAGCCGCUGUUUCAUCUAAUGAUGGCACUUUCAAGUUUAGGUUCGCUGAUAUGCGUAUAGAUAGAAAGAAGCAUGAUCCAACCAGUUCAUUCUCAAUCCGUUUCGAUGUUAUUAUUAGAAAAGUAAUUAAAGCUAUAAGUAGUGUCAUUUCAAAUCCAAUUACAAUAUUUUGCCAUACUGAUUUUUUACCGGGUCCAGAUAUCGUUCGUUUAGUUCCAAAUGGAUGUUAUGUUGGCCAACAACCUAAUGUUACAGCCUACGGUAAUUACUUUAAGAAAGGAAGAACCGAGUUACUUAGUGUAGAAUAUAAACCUGUAAAUGAAUUACCAGACCACCCACCACACAUUAUUAAACAAGAUUCCCUUUAUAUGCCUACACAAGCUUCAUUCUGUUUAUCGUUCUCUGCGCCAUCUCGUGAAACAGCAAAUAUUUAUAGUGUAGUAGCUCGUUAUUCUAAAAUUUCAACAACAAAAAAUUUGGGUGAUAAGUCUAAAACUGGCAAAUCAUACAACUUUUCAUAUAAUGAGUUUCCAGAAGGAGGAGCUAAAAAACGUCAUAAAAGUUCACCAAUUGAUUAUGAUGAUCCAUCAUUAUCAAUGAAUCAUCAAUUCAAUGGUUUCAACCUCAACAAUAACAACUAUUUCAUGAUAACAAGUAAUAUUAGAACUAAUAGCAAUCACAACCACAAUAACAGCCAGUACUACUUCAACUGUAUCAUUAAUAAUAAUAUUGAAGAGUUUGUAUCUUUAUUUAAUGAACAAAAUGACGAUUCAAUUAAUAGUAUUCGUGACUCACAAGGUAAUACAAUGGUUAUGGUUUCCGCUAGAGAGGGUCAUAUUGAUAUUGCCAGAUUUUUAAUUAACAGAAGAUGUAAUCUUUUAAUUAAAGGCAACGCUAUAGCUUGUAGACAAAAGCAUAUUAUAGAUUUCUAUAGAAAUAUGGCCAAAAUAGAUCUAUCAAUUGUAAAUACUUUGGGAAUGAACUUUAAUCAAUGGCUGGAAUCUCAUCGUGUUAAACAAGAACUUGAAGAGUUGGAGGAAAAAAUAGAACAGGAACAAAAAGAAGAAGAGGAAAAAGAUAAAUUACUACCAACUACAACAACUACCCCAAAUACAACUACUACCACAACCACAACUACUACCACGACAGGUUCGUCAUUAUUUAAUAAUCACCAUCACCACACUAACAGCAAUAGCAAAAACAACAACAGCAGCAUUAUUAGCAAUAACAAUAACAAUAAAAUUAACUAUCAAGUUAUUAUGAAGAAAUCACAGGACAGAAUGGAUAAAUUUAAAUCAGAUUUUUCAAAACUAAGCUGUGGUAGCCCAAUCGAUAUAUUAAAUUCAUCACCCAAUGAAAUCGCCGUUAAUGUAAUUCAAAGUUAUAUUAAUCAAAUAGAAACCAAUGCUGUUUCUGGUGAUAAUGAUAGUAGAAAUAGAGAGAUAAUUAGAAAGCUUCAAGAAUCAUACGAAAACACAAUUAAAGGUUGGCUUGAAACAGAAAAGGAACUAUAUGACAUUAUCGAGAAAAAAGAAGCAAUCGAAGAUAUACUCUGUCAAAAGACCGAAGAGCUCAUGAGAAAUCAAGAGUUUAUAGAAAACUCCCCAGUCGAAUUUAAUAGCCUCAGAGCUGGUUGUUUAGGUUUGUUUGUUUUAAGAAAUCAAAGAUAUUAUGGCGCUCAUCUAGAUGAUCCCAUAAUCAUUUGCUCAAAUGACUCAAUGCUAGAAAUUAAGAGAAUGUAUGGUAAUAGCCUGCCAAAAUGUUUAUUAUGUAAUAUUGUUUAUGAAACCGAGCAACACUCGACCAAAUCAACAAAUUUAAUGCCAUUAAUCGGUACCAAAAUAUUAUGUUGUAGAUGUACAAGUUUUCCAACAAGCAAAUAA